UUUCUCAUGUUCAUUGUGGGUGCCAUGCAGAAGGUCAAUCUUCACUCAGAGGACAGUGGCUUGAUCCAUCAAAUCUUUGGCGGUUUCUGGAGAUCUCAAAUCAAGUGUCUCCACUGUGGAAGCACUUCUAACAUGUUUGAGCCUUAUUUGGACAUCACUCUGGAUAUCCAGGCAGCUCAGAGUUUGAAGCAAGCUUUGACACAAUUCAUGGAGCCUGAGGAACUCAGUGGAGAAAACGCUUAUCACUGUGAUGUUUGUUUCCAAAAAAAGCCUGCCUCCAAGACAUUGUCGAUAUAUACUUCCUCCAAGGUGCUUAUCUUCCUAUUAAAACGCUUCUCAGACUUUACAGGGGAGAAGAUUGCCAAGAACGUGCAGUACUCAGAGUGGCUCAACAUGCAGCCAUAUAUGUCUGACCAGAACAGGGGACCACUCUGGUACACUCUCUAUGCUGUGCUCGUCCAUGCUGGCUCAACCUCCCACAGUGGACAUUAUUUUGCUUACAUCAGAGCUGGAGAUGGCCACUGGUACAAGAUGAAUGACAGCAAAAUAACUGCUUGUGACAGAUCUGCUGCCCUGUCUCAAGAGGCCUAUGUUCUCUUUUAUGUUGAGAAGUCUAAUGUGGAAGCAGACAGUAGCAGUGGGUCUGCGGCAUUGGAAGAAAAAACUCUUGGGCUUGAGGAGAAGGACUUGAGUGUCAACACAACAUAUCUGCAACUAGAUUCCCCCAGAAAACAGAUCAAGUUAUUGGAGCAGGCACAGGAAUUACAGGUUGAGCAGAGCACUUUAGAUGAGUGGAAAUUCUUCCAAGAACAAAACCAGCCAAAGAAGACUCAGUUGAAAUUUAGGCAAGUAGAGGGGAACCUUCUAGAAAAUGUUGGCUUGAUCCAGUCAUCAAAGUGCACAGGUGAGCUGAGGAAGAUUUAUCCAAAACAAGAAAAUGUUUCUCUAUUCAAUUCAAGAAGAGAUGUUUCAGGUCAAAAGUCCACCAAUAUGGAACAAGCACCAUGUCUUGAAGGAAGGGCCAGAGGAAAAGUUUCCAAGAGGAAAAAGAACAAGAAAAACCAACAGCAAAAGAGAACUGUGCUGACUUAGUGACUGCACAUCCUUAGUAAGGCAUGUGAGGGUGAUUGAUAUAAUAUGCACUUGAAAUAGUUUGCACAAUUAGUGAAAAUGUUAUUUUUAUCAUCGCAUUCCUUGCUUUCCUUUCACAUGGACAAGAUAGUUGCUCACAAUAAUCAGUGCUUCUUUUG